UUGCAUUAUAGGAAUCAAAUCUCGCAUAUGUGUAAUCAUCGACAAUAGAUAUGAAUAUUGCAUUAUAGGAAUCAAUUUAUGUCUAUUAGGUUUUCCAGCUCUAUAUAAACCAACACACACCUCUCUCAUAUUAAACUCCUUAAGCCCUCAAACACUACACUACCUUAACAUUUGCCUCAAUCCUCUUACCUCAAUUUCCUGCCUCAAAACCCAGCACUUAACCAACAAGGUUUCAAAACCCCAUCCAUGGCUGCAGUUAGUUCUACUUCCACACUGUACGACGUUCUUGGCCUCACAAUGGGUGCAAGUGGGCAUGAGAUCAAGGCAGCCUACAGGAGGCUAGCCAGAAGCUGCCACCCAGAUGUUGUGGCCAUGAACCAAAAACAAACGUCCGCUAAUGAGUUCAUGAAAAUUCAUGCAGCUUAUGCAAUCCUAUCAGACCCUGAUAAAAGAGCAAACUAUGAUAGGGAUCUCUACAGGUGUCCACAGCCUUUUCGCUCUUCUUCGUAUUCGUCGGCGAGCAUGGCGGCAGCAGCCUCUGCAAUGGCGGGGUCUUCGAGACGGACUUACCGGAAUUGGGAGACCGAUCAGUGUUGGUAGCUCAAAACAGAGAAAACAGGGGAACCCCCCUUAAGUGCUUAUAUAUUUUAUGUAACAAUAUUGCUGCUUCUUUUCUUUAUGAUUUUUUUGGUGGGCAAAUGUUGUCUGAAAUGAACAGAACAUCAAACAUGACACAUCAAGACCAACUAACCAACUAAUAAUUAAGAGAUCCCCCUAGCAUUAUUUA